GCGCGGCGCCGCCGGUGCCAUCUCCAACCUCCACCUAGCUUAUUAGGUGCUACGACCAUCUCUAACCUCCCUAUCAUUUCCUCCAUCAUGUUCCUAUCUGCAAACCAACCAAUUUAGAGUUUAGACACAUCACAUGGUAUAUAUACAAAUCCAAAUCCUUUCCACUUAACUCAUCAUUAGAGCACAAACCAGGCAGGCGGUGGAUCGAUCGAUCGGCGCCAAGAAAUCCCCAUCCUUCAAGUUCUUGGUUGAUCGAGUGAUCAUGGCGGCAGCAGCGGUGACGCUGCUAUUGCUUUUCGCCUCCUGCAUGCAUGCCGCCGUGUUCUGCGCGGCGGCCCCGUUCGAUGAGGUGCCGACGGUGACCUUCGACGAGGGCUUCGCUCCGCUCUUCGGGGAGUCCAACAUGGGUCGCUCCUCCGGCGGCGACGCCGUGAGCAUCACCUUGGACCGCAGCACCGGCUCCGGCUUCAUCUCCAAGCGCUACUACCACCACGGCCUCUUCAGCGCCGACGUCAAGCUCCCCGCGGGCCACACGGCGGGCGUCGUCGUCGCCUUCUAUCUGUCCAACGGCGACGUCUUCGAGGCCACCCACGACGAGCUGGACUUCGAGUUCCUCGGCAACCGCGCGGGCCACCGGUGGCGGAUGCAGACCAACGUGUACGGCAACGGCAGCACGGCGCGCGGCCGGGAGGAGCGGUACGUGCUGCCCUUCGACCCCACCGCCGCCAAGCACAGGUUCUCCAUCCUCUGGUCCUCCAGUUCCGUCGUCUUCUACGUCGACGGCACCCCCGUCCGCGAGGCGCAGCGCCGCCGUAGUCGCCGUCGUUUUACGGACGACGGCAUGGGUCCCGACGGCGACGACAGUGACAUGGGAGCCGACUACCCGUCCAAGCCCAUGGCGGUGUACGUGACCAUCUGGGACGGCUCCACCUGGGCCACGGAGAACGGCAAGCACACGGUGGACUACGGGCACGGGCCCUUCACCGCCGAGUUCUCGGGCCUCGUGCUCCGUGGAUGCCCCGCCGACACCGGUGCAGACAUCCGCCAGCUCCACCUCGGCGCCUCCACGCAGCGGUGCGCAACGGCGGAGUGGGAGCUGAUGACGGCGGAGUACGCGGUCAUGACGGCACGGAAGCGCGCGGACAUGCGGCGGUUCAGGCGGAGGCAGAUGGUGUACACGGUGUGCUACGACACGGACCGGUACCCGGCGGCGCUGCCGGAGUGCGAGGUGAACGCGGCGGACCGGCAGAUGUUCGAGCGGUGGGGCGAGUCCAAGGCCUCUUUCAGUUCCCGGACGACGCCGCCGCCACCGCGGCCGCUUGCCGUGUCCAUGAUGCAGGCCGACUGACUAAUCGGAUCGGACGGACCACCGGCGGCCACGUUGCUGCUGUACAGUGUUGCUUAGCUAGCUAGUGGUAAAAAAGUGAUUAUAUUUUUUUUUGAGGGGCAAAAGUGAUUAUAUAUGAUGAGCAGUUGGUUGAUGA